AAACACCUCUCCUUCAAGUUAGCACCGACCCAAACAAGCAGGAAACAGGAAAUGUUCAGGUUUCAGGGAGGCUGAAGCCCAGCGCAGCAUCAUGACCGGGCGGCGGCGAGCGGACAGGAAGGCUCCCGGGGCUGCCCUCGCCUUUGCCCUGGCGAUCGCGCUCCUUCCCACCGGCCAGGCUCAGGAAAACACCACGAGAGGCCUGGAGACAGCAGAUGAAGACCCAGGGGUCCAUUCCAAUUUUUUUGAGGAAAUAGAACAGUCAGCAGAUAUGUCCCUGGAAGAGGAAAGAAGACAUGAAGAUUUUAAUAUACAAAAUACAUUUGAUACAGUGACCACAGGAGCACUCACUGCAAAUUCAAGUUUCAGCGACUUUGACGAGGAUGAGAAUCAGUUAGAAUUUGUAUUAAUGGUGUUGAUCCCACUGGUUUUAUUUGCCCUUCUAUUUUUAUCAGUGAUAAUCCUUGUAAUACGCUAUAAAAGAAAAAAAGCCAAACAAGAAACUUCUAGCCGAGGAUCUCAGAGUGCCUUACAGACAUGUGAACUGGGAAGUGAAAACAUCAAAGUCCCCAUUUUUGAGGAGGACACACCCUCUGUUAUGGAAAUCGAGAUGGAAGAGCUUGACAAGUGGAUGAACAGCAUGAAUAAAAAUGCUGACUGUGAAUGUUUACCUACUUUAAAGGAAGAGAAGGAAUCAAACCACAACCCAAGUGACAAUGAAUCCUGAAACUGAAUGGUGCUAAUGUUUUCCAAGAGAAGCGGCCCCGGAGGGAGCUUGCUAGCCUGCCAACAGAGGAUGAAGAGGAUGCAAAUUUAAUUAAUUUCAAAUCAACAUAGACACAAGAACCUUUUGCUGUUUCUUCCAACGCCCACUCUUCCUAAUGAUGGCAUCACCUGUACUUGGAAGAAUGCACAAUUGAGCAGCACUAGGAAGAAGCUUGGCUGCCGUCCAUGCUAGCUGCUGAGGGAGGAGGAACCACAUGGUAUCCACCUCUCAUCAGGGCCUCUUCCCUCCCGUCCACCCGCCUCUCACUGCCUGUACUCACUCUGGCCAUGCUCUCUAGGUCUUACCUUUCUGCUUCACUCCUUGGAGUUUAAAUCAGGAAGCUGUUUUAUAUAUGGCUUACUUCUGGGUCACCUUGUUACCAAAUUAGCUCUGGAUAAUUUCCUCUGAUUAGUCAAGUCCUCUGAUAGGUCAUCUGCGUUCAGCAGGAACUUUCCUCAAGGCGAGUUACAUCAUGGGAGAGACAGAAAACAAAGCGAGUGGUUCACUGUAUACAUCAUCCCAGGGGCUUGGUAAGCUCACCUACCUGCCCAGAAGACAUACAGAGAGAACCUGCCAUCCUGAUGCUGUUUGGUGCCUUGUGGACUCUGAGUUGGCCGGACCCUUUGGGACCUUCUCUGAGGAAUAGGAAUCUUCAGUGAGAGACCAAAGUAAUUUCCUUCUCAGCUAAAAUCACCUACCUGUCUGUUCACAUUUUCCCCAGACCUCAUUCUUGCUCUCAGCACACCUGCCUUGCCUGUGGUAUGUGAAAAGGACAUGUACACAGGAGGAUCAGCUGUCAGCCUUCUUUGUUCUUGAGAUCCUUAAGGUCAUUUGAAACAAACAGAAUAAGAAUAGGAAAUACCCGUGUCUGUGGCAGAUAUCACUCAGUGCACUUUCCUAUCAGGCUGGGACAAGCCUCGUGUCCUCCUCUACACAGCUCUCCAGGAGGCCACAAUCAGUCCAUCAGAGAGGACGAUCUCUGCCAUAUUUGUUGACACCCUUGCCAAGAAGCAGUGGUGCAGAAGGGUCUGCUUAUCAUUCCCAUUCACGUAAAAUCAUUCCUCAUUUAAUCCUUAAUUUUCUACUUUAAAGCAAUCUAGCAAGUUGGGAGUCCUCAGAUCUUCUACAACACCUGAUAUUUUAUUCUAGGAAAGAAGUAAAGAAGGAAAACUUUAUUUAUUUUAUUCUCUACAUAUAAACUGAGGGGAGAUGAGGUUCACCAAACAUUUGCUGCUGAAUCUGGGGUCUUGAGUUUGAAAGGCCGCCUUAAAGCGUAACAAAAACGGCCCCUCUCCCUCCUUUUGGAAUCCCUCUGGCAUGCUCGCCUUCAGGACUUUGCCCAUAAUUUUAAAGACAGAGCUCCAAAGCUGGGGAGAUCUUUCCACACAAAGAAAGAAAACUAUCUGGUUGUGUUUAACCACGACUAUUCUGCUAUCCUGAGACUUCAUACAGCUUUGGCAAAAGACCGUCUUCAUGGUAUAUAAUUUCAACAGAUUUAUGUGUCAUAUUCUCGUUAGUACAUCCUAAUACGGUAUCUUUGUUUUCACUUCUGUUCUGCACAUUCAUAUUCAACUUGUGGUCCACAGUAACUCCCAGAUACUUAUGCCAAAACUGCCAUUUUCUGAAUCAUCGUUUCAGCUUAUUUUGUUAAUUUGUUCUUUCUCAACAUUUUGACUCUCAGAAGACUCUCUGAUUCCUUCUUUUUCUCUCUAGGUAUCCAAGAUUUGGGGGGAACACCGAGGCCUGUCAAUUUUGUCCAAGACCAUCCAAUAAUGCGACUUUAGAAGUUCAGAGAACUAUAAGAGGUCUUGGAAUCUCAUUUUGAUGAAGCAAUAUUUUACGAUACAAUAAAAAUUCUCUCAUUUAGUAUGUAAAAUCAUUUCAAAUUCUAGAAACAAACUUCAGCAUCAUGCCUUUCAAUUUAUCUCUGAAAAAUGUACUAACUUCUGUAAUUGCACAGUAUACAAGCAUUUUAUUAAAGGUUUUUUUUUUUUUUUUCUGGCAAGAUAUAGGAAUCAAAACAGUGAAGGGUCAAUCCUAGCCUCCUGUAUCUAUUAAUUACUGUUCAAUCAAUAGGUGUCAUAUAUUUAUGAUAAUUUUAAGAAUUGUUUUAAACUCAAAGUUAAUUUUAUGCUUCAGAUUAAUGUCUAUAAACAGCUAACUAAUUUUCCCUUAAUUGGGUAGCCAAUCAGAACAAAAUCUGACUUGGGGAUAUUUUAAAGAUAUGUAAGUUUCACUGCAUUUUUGUACAUUUUAAGCAAACCAGGUUAAUAAUGUUGUCGAGUCGAACUUCUCAGGAAACUUGUUUUAAUAAAUAUGUAAGGAUAUCAACCAGCUACUCUUACUGCAAUGAUGUGACUCCUCUUUCUGGCGAGCUCAUUGUUAUCCAGACACAGGCAUAUAGCUGGGAUCAAACUUCAGAGCCAUGGUGGGGUGGGGGAGGGGGGGCAAAUGCCUCUAGCAGUGUAAAUGCAUGCUUUAAAAAUGCUUUUGUCUAUUUUUACAUUUUGAUUGUUUAUCAGUUUGCACGAUGUCUGGAAGGAGGCUCCCAUGAUGAGUAAACAAAAAAUAUAGACUUUAGUUUAAAUUCCCGUCAGAAUUAAUACAAAUUCUGAAUGUACUGGAGUGAUAAGACACAGUUACAUACUAGGAAGACACCGCUGAAAUUCUCAUUGUGGGGAAAACAUUGACAUUUUAGGCUGAAUUAAAUUUACACAUGCUAUGUUUUCACACUUGGAAGAUACUCAGGAUGAAUCUCGGCUUCCAUUUAACAGGGACAACAGGCAGACCAGAGUAGCUUCAUGCACAGAUAACAUUUCUUCAAUCUUAAGUUAACCGGGAGAGUCACGGUAUAAUAGCGUGCAAUGAAAUUAGUCAGAUUGCUUAUUAAUAAUUGUAACUGUGAUUAAUAAUUGCAUCAUCCAAACAAUGAAUCCUAAAUUUGUUUGAGCAAUUUUUUGACAUUACCUUGGCACUCUCCCAUUUGGUUACCAAAGUCUUAUUUUCCUCUUAGUCCUUUUGGGGGUGGCUAUUGGUAGAUACGCAGCAGGUUUUCUUGAUUUCUUUUGGUUUUUGCCCUACUACCUUUUCUCCAAAAAAAUGUCAUAUUCAUAGGAUAGCAAUCCAUUCAGUUAUAUAAAACUUUUUCAAAUCAAUUCCAUAGAUGCUCUAAGCUCUUUUUGAAAUAUUUUAAGAAGUUAAUUUCUUUUUUUUUUAAAGUUUUUUUUAGUUAUAUAUUUGACACAGAGAGAGACAGCGAGAGAGGGAGCACAAGCAGUGGGAGUGAGAGAGGGAGAAGCAGGCUUCCCGCUGAGCAGGGAUCCCGAUGUGGGACUCGGUCCUAGGGUCCAGGGAUCUUGACCUGAAUCCAAAGGCAGAUGGUUAACGACUGAGCCACCAUCUUUAACGUCUUCAGGUGCCCCAAGAAGUUAAAUUUUUAAACCAAAGUACAUCCAAUAACAUGGAGACUUUUAUUUCAGUGCUGUAUAAGUUUAGAAAUACAAAACUGAGCUGUUUAAGACAAGCAAAGGUGACUGGAUUUUCUUCCACUGGACUUCAAGUGUGGAGUGCACAGAUAACCAUAUUCCUCACUUCCCACCACAGCAUCAUCACUGGCCUUUGGUAUUUCAUAAAUAAGUAAUUGGACCUUUUACAAAAAGCACGAUCUUCACAUUUUUCACUUUUUUGGUCUGCAUGGCAAGAAUUAAAUGAAUAACACAUAGAAACUACAAAUAGUAAGAAACAUUUUUUUCAGUGUUAAGAUCAGUGGAAAGUAAUCACCAUAUUACUCUGACUUAGGUAAAGCCCCUGAAAUUAUAUAUAACAUCAAGAACUUAGGAAAACUCUGAGUGUUUAAUAAAUGUCAGCAUCCAGAAAGAGCAGUGAUUAUAGUUUUCCAACAAGUUAAAAAUAAUCUGGUAGAUCGUUGGUAAUUUAGCAUGUACAUGUCUUGUUUUUAAAGUUAAGUGAAAAUAUUGCAAAAAAAAAAAAAAAACCCUACCUUAUUAGACUCUCUCAUUUUUCAAGCAGUAUAAAGUAUUUUCUCAGAAUGUCAGUAAGAUCAACAGAUGUUGUAUUUACCAUUGGGCUUCAAUGUAGAAAUUCUGCCUUGGAAGCUUCAUGUAAGAAAUCAUUAUUGAUUAGAAUUUAUUUGCAAAACUACUGAAGUGGGUUUUUUUUUUUAAGAUUUUAUUUAUUUAUUGUCAGGUAGAGAGAGAACACAAGCAGACAGAGUGCAGGCAGAGGUAGAGAGGGAAGCAGGCUCCUCGUUGAGCAAGGAGCCUGAUUCAGGAUUCGAACCCAGGACCCUGGGAUCACGACCUCAGCCAAAGGCAGCCACUUAACCCACUGAACCAUCCAGGCAUCCCUACAGAUUUUUUGUUUGUUUGUUUGUUUUUCUUUUUGUUUGAUUAUUUUUAGAGAGAGAAGGGAGCAGGGAGGGACAAGAGGAGAGGGAGAGAGAGAAUCCCAAGCAGGCUCCACACCCAGCAUGGAGCCCACCAUGGGGUUUGACCCCCAUGACCCUGAGCUCAUGGCCUGAGCCAAAGUCAAGAGUUGGUGGCUUAACGGACUGAGCCACUCAGGCGCCCUACAACUACUAAAGUUUUAACACUGAUGAAAGGUUUUAGGGUUUUUUUCCCCUUGUCUUGCAUGCUGAGAAUAAUAUAUAUAAUAUUAUUUUUCCCUCAUAGCUUAUGGCUUUAGAAAUGCCAGCUAUACAUUACAUAUGUAUAAAUUGUUCUAUUCUCAGCUGCAUGAUUUUUGAUUAAAAAAAUUAUUAAGUCCAUACCUGUUUGUAUGCUACAUUGCUCAAUCAGCAGUAAUGGAAUUAAAAAGCAUUUCUAAAUUCAGUUGAAAAAUAAAGUGCUAUAAGAUAGGAGUAAAAAAUAUCUUUAACAUUAGUUUCUAUGUAAUUAAUGUAUAUUAACAUUUUAAAUUAAUGUUUAUUUGAAGGUAAGGUAUUUGUUUACUAAAAUGUUGACUGAGGGUAAAGGGGUGAAUUAACAUCUUUUUAAAGGAAAAUUCUUUUAAUUUCUGUGACUAUGAAAAAUAAAAAAUUUUACCUUUGAUA